ACUUAAAAUGUGAAAUGUACAAUCCACUCUUCACUCCUCGCUUUGGUGUACUCCUAGAGGCCUAUUUAAAGGGGUGUGGUCAGUCUAUGCUCCAGCGAUUUGAGAACCAGCUCGAAAUGCAAAUACAACUUGAAGACAUUGGAAAACAAGUCGAGAAGAGUGGUAAUAAUGAAGCUAUUAAGAUGCAGACAGCAUUACAAGACCUCCUCCGAAGUAACGAGAUACCCAGUAAAGUACUGACUCCGGUUUACAACCCAAGGAUCGCCCUAGGCAAUCUCAAUCCGGCCAAGUGUAGGAUCAUGGGAUCUAAGAAACGACCUCAAUGGCUUGAGAUGUGUAAUGUUGAUCCAACCGCUCUGAGACCGGUACCAACAAGACUCAUACUCAAACUAGGAGACGAUCUGAGACAAGAUAUGAUUGUUCUAAGGAUGCUCUCUCUAUUUGAAAAA